AGAGAAGAGAAGGAUAUUUGUUAAUUCAAUUCCCUCACUCACACUCACACAAACCUUCAAUAUGGAUCCGUGCCCUUUCGUGCGGAUCCUCGUCGGAAACCUCGCCGUCAAAUCGCCGGCGUCGUCCAAGGCCUCAUCCUACUCAGGGAAGGUGCACCCAUCGAGUUCGCCCUUCUUCUGCAGGAUAAAGCUAAAGGGGGUGGCUUCGGAUACGGCCAGAUGCCACGUGGCCACACUGCCUCUCAUAUCAGAAAGGGACCCAAACCCUCACUCCCUCGCCGCCUCCUUCGAUUUCUCCAAACCCCAAAUCAUGAAAGCCUCAAAGAAAGCGCACAUAAAGAUCUCCGUCUACAAGGGGCCCACCACGCCCACCUGCUUCUUCACUUCGGCUAAACUAAUGGGCUGCAUCACCAUACCGCUGGACCUCGCCUCGGCCCAGUCGCGGCCCUGCACCAUCCACAACGGGUGGGCCAGCCUUUCCAAGGCCCAGCUCUUGCAUUUGACAGUGCGGGCGGAGCCAGACCCUCGCUUUGUCUUUCGCUUCGACGGGGAGCCCGAAUGCAGCCCGCAGGUAUUUCAAGUGAAAGGCCACGUCAAGCAACCGGUUUUCACUUGCAAGUUCAGCUUCAGGGACAAGAACCCGGUUCAAUUCCCUACCCUCAACGCCAACCGGAAAGGCUGGUCCAUCACCGUGCACGACCUUUCCGGCUCGCCGGUGGCCGCCGCCUCCAUGGUCACGCCCUUUGUACCCUCGCCGGGAUCGCAGCGGGUCAGCCGCUCCAACCCGGGGGCCUGGCUCAUCAUCCGCCCCGACGGAGACGGCACGUGGAAGCCCUGGGGCCGCCUCGAGGCCUGGCGCGAGCCCAACCACUCCAAUGCCGCCGUCGGUUACCGCUUCGAAGUCCUCCCCGCCACCGCCGACCCCGUCACGCUCGCCGCCUCCACCCUAAGCUCACAGCGCGGCGGGAAAUUCACCAUUGACGCCACCUCCGGCGUCACUCCGGCGAACACCCCGAACGGAAGCUGGGAUUUGGGGUCCGGGUCCAUGUCAAGUUCGGAUUUUGGGUUUGAGUCGCAAUUCUUUUACAAGGGUUUUGUGAUGUCGGCGACGGUGAACGGAGAAGGAAAGUGUAGCAAACCGGAAGUGGAGGUUGGGGUGCAGCACGUGACUUGCACGGAGGAUGCUGCGGCGUUCGUUGCUCUCGCCGCGGCCUUGGAUUUGAGCAUCGACGCUUGCAAGUUGUUCUCUCAGAAACUCCGAAAGGAGUUGCGGCAGUAGAAUACUUUCCUCCGUUUGUGUUUGUCGUUUCGAGCUUAAUUCCUAUGUCGUUUUGCGUGCAAUUAAGGCCAAGCGGAAUCUGUAACAAGGAGAGCAAGGACCAAUUUUUUUUUUUUUUUUUUGGGUUCUGAGUGAGGGAAUGUACAGUUAGGAAAUUAUUUGGCAUUUUCUUAGCUUAGACAUAAAGUUUUGAAUUCUUAUUUUGCUUACUCAUCAGAUCUUGUAUUCUUUUAUUCUUCUCUUUUUUUGGAUGAAGAGUUUGUACAGUUUUUUAAUUCAUGUCUCGUGUGUUGGAAUUAAUAUAAGAUGAACCUUCAGAAUCC